AUGCGCGGUGUUGUCAUUUCCCUCUUCGCUCUUUGUGUGGUUGUUGGUUCCCAGGUUCCGAUCAGUGCUCUGCUGAAGCAGCCUUUCCUUAAUCAGAAGCAUACUCUGAGAAAUAAUAAUGAUAUCUGGUCUAAUUCCGGAGAUAUGUGCGGAACAUAUCAGGGACAAUGUGUUUCGACUGAGUUUAUAAGUAAUAGAAACGAUGUUCGCUUUGAUGGCAUUCCUCAACAAGUGCCAUCUUCUCUCUUCAUGUUCUCGGAAAUGUUUGUGGGUAGCGAAUGUACUCCUAGCAUGAGCAUGAUGAAGAUCACUAUGAAGACUGAUAUCCAGAGUCAAGAAGGCAGUAUUAUGCAUGUUUUUGUGAAUGAUGUUACUGUCAUUCUGCAAGAAAUGUAUAUUUCGCAACUUACCUGUGAAUCUGCUGUGGAAGCUGGAAAGGAGUAUUCGGUUAAGGACCUGCAUUGUACCGAUUAUACUGGUGAAGAUCCUUUUAAGGAUAUCACCCCGAUUGUUGGUACUGCCCAGGAAUUGCCUGUCGAAUUCACUGAAAGUGAGGUAACUGUUGGAGAGGACUCGAUGACACGUACCUCUUCUGAAGGAUGCUCUACUGAGGUUCCCACUACUGAUGCUCCUACCGAGGCUCCUACCACCGUGGCUCCCACUACUGAAGCGCCUACCACUGCUGCUCCCACUACUGUGGCUCCCACUACUGCUGCUCCUACUACCGUGGCUCCUACCACGGAAGCUCCCACGACUGCUGCUCCCACUACUGUGGCUCCUACUACCGUGGUUCCCACUACCGAGGCUCCCACUGAAGCCCCCACGACUGUGGCUCCCACUGAAGCCCCCACUACCGCUGCUCCCACUACCGUAGCCCCUACUGAAGCCCCCACCACUGUGGCUCCCACCGCAGUUCCCACCACUGUGGCUCCUACUGAAGUUCCCACUGCUACUCCUACUCCUACCCCGAAACCCGAUAACUCGAAUAUUAUCAUCUGGGUUAUUGUCGGUGUCGUGGUAGUCAUUGUUGUGGCCGUUUUGGUGUGGUGUACCUGUAAACCCAAAGGUAAGCAGCUUGAGACAACUCCGCUUGUUUAA